AACGAUUGCUUCAUUGAAGCUCUUCGCAAAAACCUAAUUUUACCUUCAUUUCCUCAGAAACUUUUCACUUCCAAUCAUUAUGUCAAAGGAGGAACUUGCGAAGAAAGCGAUAAAUGACGCAUUGAAGGCUUUGCGGAAGCGGCAUUUGCUCGAAGAAGGAGCUCAUGCUCCGGCCUUUAUCGCCCUAUCAAAGCCGAUCAUUUCUCAGGGAUCAGAAUGGAAGGAAAAGGUGGAAAAUCUAGAACUAGAGCUUCAGCAGUGUUACAAAGCUCAAUCGCGAUUGUCCGAGCAACUUGUGGUAGAAGUAGCGGAGUCCAGAGCUUCAAAAGCUUCACUUCAAGAGAAAGAAGCGACAAUAUCUGAUCUGCAAGAAAAGUUAACUCAAUCGAGGGAGGAAUGCUCUCAGUUAAAGGCAGACCUAGAUGAAAAGAUUAAAGCUUUGGAAUUGGUUGUGAGUGAGAACAAAGAAAUUAGAGCUCAACUGGAAGAGAUAACUAUCAAAGCUAAGCAUGCCGAGGCUGAAAAUAAGAUGUUAAUUGAUCGCUGGAUGUUGGAGAAAAUGAAGGAUGCCGAGCGCCUUAAUGAGCUAAAUGCACUUUAUGAAGAUUCUAUGGAUCGGCUUAGGGCAAACAACCUGGAAAAACUUGCUCGGCUGCAGGUAGAUGGUGUGGUUCGCCAAAGUGAAGAAGGUGCAGAAUACUUUGUGGAGUCAUAUGUUCCCUCUGGAUUCAAAAAUAAGAUCCAUGCUCAUGAAGGUGGAUGUGCUUCCAUAUUGUUUGAGUACAAUUCUGGUCGACUGAUUACUGGGGGACAGGAUAGGUCCAUCAAAAUAUGGGAUACAAAUACUGGGUCAUUAAGUGGUACACUUUAUGGUUGCCUUGGUUCUGUUCUUGAUCUUACCAUUACCCAUGAUAAUAAAUCAGUUAUUGCGGCAAGCAGUUCAAACAACUUGUAUGUCUGGGAUGUCAACUCAGGGAGGGUCCGUCAUACUCUCACAGGUCACACGGACAAAGUGUGUGCGGUUGAUGUAAGCAAAGUCUCAAGUCGGUAUGUCGUGAGCGCAGCUUACGAUCGCACGAUCAAAGUUUGGGAUUUGCAGAAAGGCUAUUGCAUCAACACAAUCAUGUUUCACAGCAACUGUAAUGCUCUGUGCUUCAGCAUGGAUGGACAGACUAUAUGCUCCGGCCACGUUGACGGAAAUCUUCGUUUGUGGAACAUUCAGACAGGGAAGCUGCUUAGUGAAGUGGCUGCACACUCACAUGCCGUUACUUCCAUGUCGUUAUCUCGAAAUGGUAACGUAGUAUUGACUAGUGGGAGAGACAACAUGCAUAAUCUUUUUGAUAUCCGAUCCCUGGAGGUCUGUGGAACCUUAAGAGCCACAGGUAACAGAAUAGCGUCGAAUUGGAGCCGGUCCUGUCUAAGUCCAGAUGACAGCUAUGUUGCUGCUGGAUCUGCUGAUGGGUCCGUGUAUAUUUGGUCAAUAUCUAAAGCUGAUAUAGUGAGCACUCUGAAGGAGCACACCUCACCCGUCCUGUGUUGUUCAUGGAGUGGGCUUGGGAAGCCCCUAGCUUCUGCGGACAAGAAUGGAGUCGUUUGUACAUGGACGUGAACUGUGAACUGUGAAUGUGAAUAUAAUACUAUUAUCAACAUGGAAAGUGCUAUUAUUAUUAUUGUUUUGGCAAAUUACCAACAUGGAAAGCUUUGAUUGAGCGCUUCUUUUUUUUUUUUUUUAAUAAUUUUUUCCACUUAAAUACACAUUGUAUACUUGUUAAAAGUCACAUAUGAUUCUACUGUGUAGAUAGUGAUUUGU